GGCGGCGGCUCGGAGCCCGGCGUCCACUCACACACACAUACACACACAUACACACCCGCACGCGUAGCCGGCACCAUGGCGGAGCAGGAGAGCCUGGAGUUCGGCAAGGCCGACUUCGUGCUGCUGGACGCCGUCACCAUGCCCGAGUUCAUGGGGAACCUCCGGCUGCGGUUUGAAAAAGGACGGAUCUACACGUUUAUUGGAGAAGUGGUGGUUUCCAUGAACCCGUACAAGAACCUGAACAUCUACGGGCGGGACGUGAUCGAGCAGUACAAGGGCCGGGAGCUCUACGAGAGGCCGCCCCACCUCUUCGCCAUCGCUGACGCCGCAUACAAAGCGAUGAAGAGGAGAUCGAAGGACACCUGCAUUGUGAUAUCGGGUGAAAGUGGGGCUGGGAAAACAGAGGCCAGCAAAUACAUCAUGCAGUACAUUGCAGCCAUCACCAACCCGGGGCAGAGGGCGGAGGUGGAAAGGGUGAAGAACAUCCUGCUGAAGUCCAACUGUGUGUUGGAGGCCUUUGGCAACGCCAAGACGAACCGUAACGACAAUUCCAGCCGCUUUGGGAAGUACAUGGACAUCAACUUCGACUUCAAAGGAGACCCAAUCGGCGGCCACAUCAACAAUUACUUGCUAGAAAAGUCUCGUGUGAUCGUGCAGCAGCCAGGAGAGCGGAGCUUUCACUCUUUUUACCAGCUCCUCCAGGGGGGGUCUGACCAGAUGCUGCGCUCUCUACAUCUGCAGAAGGAUGCGUCUGCAUACAGCUACAUCUCUCCUGGAGCACAGCUCAAGGGUUCCAUCAACGAUGGCGCCGAGUUCAAGGCUGUGGCUGAUGCCAUGAAGGUGAUAGGAUUCAAGCAAGAGGAGAUUCAGACUGUCUACAAAAUCGUGGCAGCCAUUCUUCAUUUGGGCAACUUGAAGUUUUCCGUGGAUGGCGAUACGCCUCUGAUAGAGAACAGCAAGGCUGUGUCCAUCAUUGCAGACCUACUGUCAACAAAAUCUGAGAUGGUGGAGAAGGCCCUUUUGUUCCGGACUGUCGCUACGGGCCGGGAUGUCAUCGACAAGCAGCACACCGAGCAAGAAGCCACCUACGGCAGAGAUGCCUUUGCAAAAGCUAUUUACGAGCGCCUCUUCUGUUGGAUUGUGACACACAUCAACGAUGUGAUUGAGGUGAAGAACUACGACACGACAGUGCACGGGAAGAACACGGUCAUUGGCGUCCUGGAUAUCUAUGGCUUUGAGAUAUUUGACAGUAACAGUUUUGAACAGUUUUGCAUUAAUUACUGCAACGAGAAGCUGCAGCAGCUCUUCAUUCAGCUGGUUCUGAAGCAGGAGCAGGAGGAGUACCAGCGGGAGGGCAUUCCCUGGAAGCACAUCGAUUACUUUAACAACCAGGUGAUUGUGGACCUGGUGGAGCAGCAGCACAAAGGGAUCAUUGCCAUCCUGGACGACGCCUGCAUGAACGUAGGGAAAGUGACGGACGAGAUGUUCCUGGAGGCUCUGAACAGCAAGCUGGGGAAGCACGCACAUUUCUCCAGCAGAAAGCUUUGUGCGACCGACAAAACCCUGGAGUUUGACAGAGACUUCCGAAUCAAGCACUACGCUGGAGAUGUGAUUUACUCAGUCUCUGGAUUCAUUGACAAAAACAAGGACACUUUAUUUCAAGACUUCAAGCGCCUCAUGUAUAACAGCUCUAAUCCUGUGUUGAAGAUGAUGUGGCCCGAAGGUAAACUGAGCAUCACGGAGGUCACCAAGCGACCUCUGACAGCUGCUACCCUUUUCAAGAACUCCAUGAUUGCCCUGGUGGACAACCUGGCGUCGAAGGAGCCCUAUUACGUCCGUUGCAUCAAGCCCAAUGACAAGAAGUCCCCGCAGCUGUUUGACGAGGAGCGCUGCCGGCACCAGGUGGAGUACCUCGGCCUGCUGGAGAACGUCAGGGUGCGGCGGGCAGGCUUUGCCUAUCGCCAGACCUACCAGAAGUUCCUCCACAGGUACAAGAUGAUCUCAGAAUUCACCUGGCCAAACCACGACCUCCCUUCAGACAAGGAUGCUGUGAAGAAGCUCAUUGAGUGUCAUGGAUUUCAGCACGACGUUGCCUAUGGGAAGACCAAAAUCUUCAUCCGCACGCCGCGAACGCUGUUCACCUUGGAGGAGCUCCACGCCAAGAUGCUCGUGAGGAUCGUGCUGUUCCUGCAGAAGGUCUGGAGGGGCACCUUGGCUCGGCUGCGCUACAAGAGGACGAGGGCUGCUCUCACCAUCCUCAGGCACUACCGCCGCUACAAGGUGAAGUCCUACAUCCACGAGGUCGCCCAGCGCUUCCGCAACGUGAGAUCCAUGAAGGAUUAUGGCAAGCACGUGCCAUGGCCCACCCCACCCAAAGUGCUGCACCGAUUCGAAGAGGCGCUGCAGGCGAUUUACCACAGGUGGAGAGCAGGGGAACUCAUCCGGAGCGUCCCACCGAAGGACCUACCUCAGCUGCGGGCAAAGGUUGCUGCCAUGGAGGUGCUGAAGGGUCACCGCGCGGAUCUGGGGCUGCAGAGAGCGUGGGAGGGGGAUUACAUCACGCUGAGACCGGAUCACCCGCAGAGCACGGGCGCCUUCCUCCCUGUUGCCACCGAGCUGAAACGGAAAGACAAAUACAUGAACGUUCUCUUCUCAUGUCACGUCCGCAAGGUCAACCGCUUCAGUAAGGUGGAGGACAGAGCCAUCUUCAUUACCGACCGACACCUCUAUAAGAUGGACCCCAUGAAGCAGUACAAAGUGAUGAAGACCAUCCCCCUCUAUAACUUGGUCGGGUUGAGCGUCUCCAAUGGGAAGGACCAGCUGGUGGUCUUCCACACAAAGGACAACAAGGAUCUCAUCGUCUGCCUCUUCAGCAAGGAGCCGUCCAACGACAACAGGAUUGGAGAGCUGGUGGGCGUCCUGGCCAGCCACUUCAAGAGAUCACCGUGCAAAAUCUGUUUUGGUGGUGGACAGAGCCCUGAAGUGGUUGCUGUGCGUGGAGCUCCAGGGAGGUGGAGCUGAACAAGCGAAAAGCGCCGUUGUUUCUUGCAGUGGGUUUGGAAGUGCCCAAAAGCUGCACAGCACUCACUGCAUUGCAGAUGCAAAAUUAACCCUCUGGAGAUGUGGUGUGAGCAGUGGACAGACCUACAGGGUUGAUCUCUUGCUCCUGCAGAGCAGAUCCGUGUGAGAAUUGAUGCUGAUCAGCAUCACGUGCAGCACUGGUUCUUGUGUUUCUCAGUAUCACGUUCCAAUUAUGACCCAUUCAGAGGAGUCUUUGUGGGUAAACGUUCAUAUAGAGCCAUGGUGGAAAGGUGGUGAGAGUGAAUUUAGGUUCUGUUAGGUUCCUAAAAGCCACUUUUUCUCUGAUGUCUGGUAGAGGGUUAUGGGUUUAAUAGUAAUGUACAGGAGCAGCUCCCGUUUAAUUUCCCAAAUACCCAGCUGCCACGCUGUCCCUCACCAAAGCAAUACCUGCAAAUCAAAAGAAAAAUGAGAAAAUUCAUGUUUUCACUCAGUUUCAAUUUCCUAAAUGUGGAAAAGUCCCACUGGUGAAUGGGAUUAGCUGACCCAUUGCUCGAGAGGCACUUUGGGAAUUCCUCAUGAAAUAGGAUUAGCAGUCACUGUGUGGCAUCGUCUGGUUUCCCUGGAUCCAGCAAGGAGGUCUUUGGGAAACCCAAUGGCUGUGGGACCCUCCAGGGGGACUUGGAGCAGCCCUACAGCUGUGAUGUGGGGCAGCUUCCUUGGGGGACAUCAGGCUCUUGUUGAGGAUCCUCCCUGCGUGUGGUUGCAGCCAUCCUUGGUACCGCCGUGGUGAGGUUUUAGCAGUGUUAAAAGAGCAGUAAAAGCAAUCCCUGCAGAAUUCCAGCAGAAAAUCACUUGCCUAAGGAUAAUUUUAUAUUUCCUGUUGCACGCUGAGACCCGUCAGCCUGUUUUUAAUCAUUAGUGCACUCUGGAUUAAUUGUCUUUAUCUCUGGCUUCUUAAACAGGCAUGCGCUAAAGCCAGUUACCUUGGCACUGCAAAGCUAUUGACCAAACAGCAGCUCAUUAAGGGGGUGGCAGGUCAGUGCUGUGGAUCCCACCCAUGCUGGUCAUCCUGUCCUUGAGCGUGGCACGGCGGUGCCUUCAGGAAGGUGACAGCUUUCCUUAUCACCUGCAUUCAGUGUUCUACUGCUGCUCCACGUGGGCAUUUCGGGAUGUCAGCUGAGAUGUGAGAGCAGUGAGGUUGGGUUUUUGUGGGUUUGAUGGGAAGCAGCUGAGGGUUGUUUGGUGGGUUGGGUUGUUUGGUGGUUUGGGUUCGUUGGGUGGAUGGAAGGCAGCGCUCUGCAGAUAUCUUCAGUCAGUUGUGUGGGGGUGGAGAUGGGCAUUUUGUACAUUGCUUGAUGCCAUCCACUUAAAACAACAAAAACCAACCAAACAAAAACCAAAGAGAUUCAACGUGUCAGAAGAGAAGGAAAGAGGAACCCAAAGAAGAACCAAGGAGAAAGAAGAACCCAAAGUGGGAUUUGGAAGUGCAGGGGUGGUGGCGCACACUUAACCCAUCGUUCUUCUGAGGAACCAUCACCCUCUGCACAAAAGCAGUGUGUUACAGCUGUGCCAUCGCAUCCGUCUGUCCCACCACAUCCGUCUGUCCCACCACAUCCAUCUGUCCCACCACAUCCAUCUGUCCCUUGAGCUGUGCACACGGUGAUGGUUACCCAUUGCUGACAGUGGGCGGAGGAGCGCUCCGUAACGGGGGGUUCCCAUCCAAAGUGGGCUUUCUGCGGACUCGACGUGAUCAAAAGGAGGUGAGGGCUGCUUCAGCAAAGCAAACUGCUUCUGAGCCGCUGCUCAACGCGGUUUGUCCUUUGUCACCAGUGCCAACCAACCCACGCUCAGCUCCCCUUCAGCUGUGCCAGUGGCUGACACCAUUGUUAGGGCGGCUGCGGGCUGACAAAGGGGCAGACUUUAUUCACAGCAGAUUCUCCCGUAACGUUUUUUCAGUGCCUGAGCGGAGCAUAAAUAGCUUUGUUUUGGUACAAGAUUUCUAUUCAGAGCUGUGCUUUGGGAGCCUGCAGUUUGCUGUCAGAUUUGAGCACCAGAUACUCAUCUGCAGACUGGAAAAAAUGGCUUAAUUCCUCCACCAUCAUCUCUGUGGGUAAUCCGAGGAAACUGAGCUGCCAUUUGCCUUUAGCUGAGUUGCAGUCGUUGUCAUCAGCUCUGCUGAUGUCUGUGCAGGGUUGCUGACCACGCUGUAGUAACUUGGGUUAAGAAACGACAGAUUUUCUUUGGAAAAUACGUUGCAUAGAUAGCAGAUCUGUUGUCUUUGUGCCCCGGAGUCCCCAGGCAGGAUCUUAGCACUGUGAUGAAGACUCUUGAUGUUCUCUUUUAAUUUUCUAUGAUCUGGAUGGGGUUUCUUCAGCUGCUGAUGCUCCUGACCUUUCCAGCCAGCUGUUCUGCCAGAAGGGGACUCAUGAGGAGAUUGGAAGAGGAUUGUUUCUUUCUUUAAAACUCGUUUUCCCAGUGCUGCAGCACUGCUCAUUCACCAUCUCCAAAAUGGGCCCUGAGCCCCCGACCAGGGAACCCCAUCUCACGUUCCAAAGUGGUUUCUUACAGCGCUUCUCAGAUGACUUUGUCUCCUGCAGUCGUGGCUUUGCGGUGAGGAUGACCUGAGCUCUGGACACAGUUGGGCUCUCAGGAGGCGAAGUUCGAUCUCGAACUCAUGAAUCCUUUCUUUGAGUAGUUGACCUCUAAAUGUAGAAGUGAAUUGUUGUGUCUGAUCACACAGCGGUAGCAAGUUGUUGUGUUCUGUGAUAUUCUUGUGGGUAUGAUGAGUUCUGCUCCUGGGAUGGAGGUCUUCAUAGAGAGGAGCCAUUGGAGCUUGAGGUGCAUUGCAGGAGGUUGGCUUUCCCCAAGGUUGGUUGCUUGGUGCUCUCUGAAAUGAUUUUAUGUAGGGAUGUUGAGGAAGUGUUCUUUAGGGCACUUCAAAAAUCAGAACUCACAGAGUGGUUGGGCUGAAGGGACCUCAAUGACCGCCCAAUUCCAGCCCUCCUGCUUCAGAAAUUGAGAACCAGGUUUCUGCAGUAAUUAUAAUUCCUAUGAGAGCGGCUCCGACCCGUCGUGCCUGUUUGGUACGUUGCUCACUGUAGUGGUGCUUUGCCCUAUUGGCCUUGAGCACAGUGCUCUCUGAGGUGCCCAUCUCCAUGCAGUGCAUGCACGGGGCUCAGAUCCAUCCAUUCCAUUCUUGGCUGUCCACGGUGCUGUGGUGAGACUGGAAGGGUUCCCCAUCUCCUGGAUGGACGCGUUGGGCUGAAGCAGAUAAAUCCUCUCUGUUCUUGGGCUGUCAGCGGGGGGAGGGUGAAAUUGGGGGGGUUAUUUGUGAUGUGGGGGAUAAUUAGCAUUUAGGAGCUGCGAUACGUGGUUUGCAGCAUCCUAGAACAUGAAGAUCCAACCCCAUCCUGCUCCUGUCUGAUGUUCCAGGUGCCAUCACCUUCCGAAUGCGAACGUUUCAGUAUUUCAGAGCAUGUAACGUUUUCUCUCCUAUUAUCACACUGUCUGAGGACCCGUCUGCCCCAGGCAGCUGUCCUGGCACCCAUGGGCCGUGUGCUGGGAACCUCCACCAUCUCAGCCAUACCGACCUCUGUGUUUGGGCUUUAUUUGGGGAAGGGGCUGUGCUGUCUGCCUGGAGCUUGAGAAGGGGUGCUGUGCUGGGAAGCAGGCUGCUGGGGGGAGGUAAUCAGCUGCGCUCCAGAGGUUGGAAACAGUGGGAAGAAAAACGCCUUUUGCUCUCGGAAUCUUUAAAUCUUUGAUAAUUUCAUCAGAAACAUCUGUUUUUUUUCCCACAUUCUUGCAUAAAGUAUCAUAAAAGUACACAUUAACACAUUUUUCCUUCUAGUUUUCCAGUUGGUAUCAUUGGUAUCAGUUGGUAUCACUGUUCCAACCGAUCUCAAAGAGGGGCUGUGUUUCUGAGGCUGCUCUCCCAGCAGUGAUCAGUGACUGUGGUGCAUAACGAUGGUUUCAUGGGUUGGGUUUGGCUCUCUGGGAAUUUUGGAGCAUCGGAUUGAUGAAAUCUGGGCGUGGUGAAGAGCACAGCGUGACCCGUGGUGUGUCUGAAACCCAGAGGGUCGCCGGAUAUCCCGUGGUGGAAGGGAUCAUUGAUCCCAUCCAUCCAACCCCGACGUAUGAGGAACUUGAUUUGGAGCAGGCUGGGUUCCGUCACUGCAGUCACCGGGCUGUGCCAAAACCCAACUAAAGCAAAAAAAGAGAAACUCAGCCUUUCAGUUCAUGACCAACGAUGGCUUUGAUUGUGUCUUUCUGGCCCACGAAAGAAAGCACAGCCUGCAGAAUCAAACCCACAGCACAAAAUAACGUUGAUCCACCUCGUA